AUGCCGUCCUCUACUACCCUUACAACGAAGGUGACUUCGGGAUCGCCUUAUCAGCUGGACAAGCCUCAGGUCUCCAAAGCUUCCUCCGUACUGCUGCGCCAUAUCAAGUCGAAGCAGGAGGAGAAGGAAAAAUCCGCAACCAAGAAGACCCUGAUUGGCGACAAUGACUCAGAUGAUGAUGAGACACCUCUCAACAACGAAGCCGUUUGGCUCAUUCUCACCACCAAGAAGCAUGUGGUUGACAAGAACCGCCUGAAGCCCGGAAAGAUUAGCGUCCCGCACUCCCUGAACUCGUCGCCUUCGCUCAGCAUCUGCCUGAUCACUGCCGACCCGCAGCGUGGUGUCAAGGACAUCAUUGCAGAUCCCGCCUUCCCCAAAGAACUUUCUUCCCGCGUCGAAAAGGUCAUCGGCUUCAGCAAGCUGAAGGCCCGCUACCAGAGUUUCGAGAGCCGUCGCCAACUGCUCUCAGAGCACGAUGUUUUCCUUGCCGAUGAUCGCAUCAUCACCCGCCUCGUGACUACCCUCGGAAAGAUCUUUUACAAGUCGAGCAAGCGCCCAAUUCCUAUUCGUAUUGCAGAGAUUGAGAAGGUUGACGGAAAGCGGGUCAAGAAGGACCCCAAGCAGAAGCCCGCCAAGGAGGAUAAGAGCGCCGCAUUUGCCGCUCCCCUAAUUGUUGCAAAGGAGAUUGAGCGUACCCUGAGCUGCGCCUCUGUCCAGCUUGCCCCCUCCACUACUGCCGCCAUUCGCGUUGGUUCUUCCAAGUUCACUGCCGAGCAGUUGUCCGAGAACAUCGCCGCUGUUGUCCAGGGCAUGACUGAGAAGUUUGUCACAAAGGGCUGGAAAAACUUGAAGGCCAUUCACAUCAAGGGCGCCAACACCAUGGCGGUGCCUAUUUGGCUGGCUAGUGAGUUGUGGGUGGAGGAUGCCGACGUUGUGGAGGAGACCGAGACCCCCGCAAUCGAGGGCGGCAAGAACAGCAAGAAGCGCAAGUCAGCUGGUGAGGAGAAGGCUAUUGAGGGCAAGAAGACUAAGAAGUCCAAGUCCGCGGAAGACGAGGAGGAGGCCUCAUCGGGAGCGGCACGGAAAGAGAAGCUCCAGCAGCUCAAGGCCAAGGCCCUUGAAGACGGAGAGACUGCAGCCACCCCCAAGGCGGACAAGAAGAAGAGAAAGUCGACCUCAUGA